UAUUGGAGCAAACAUAUCACGGUAAUCUAUUACGAGCAUGGACAGCAGCUCGGUCUUUCUUUUGCGUCAUCUACAAUGGUUAAGAGGGGGUAGAGUCGAAAUAGGGAUAGGGAGAACCCGUUGGCGGGUUUCCGGUGUUCAAAAUGUCCAGCAAAGCGUGUCCAGGUACAGGGAGUGUUCCCAACAGCUACGAUUCCCCAACGAUAACCACAUUAUUUAUUUUUGUUUAUAUUUAUUCUAUAUUUUAUUUACUUUUUAACUUUCUGGUUUUAUCUACCCGUGUCUUUGAAUACUUGUCCAUUUUGAGCAUUUGUUUCGAUUAUGAAUAUGGCCGGCCUCUUGGCUGGGAAAGGUCUGUCGUGGCUGGGAGGUAUAGGCGGCGUAUUAUUACUGAGUACAUGGAUCGGGAGUUGGUCACCUGGUCCCUUAAUACUACCUACCCCCUUAAAUACCUUACUGUCGGCUCACUAGAGCCAGGAGGUCUGCUUGUCGGUCGCGAAAUAAAGAGGUACAUAACUAUACCGCGAGAUACAUGCUGAUCAAUCACGAGGAUCAUGCGCGGGAUAUAGUGCAUAGGGAUAGAAAACCCCCCUUCCCUCCUGCCUUUCCAGAACUUUUCUCCCCCCGUUCCCCUUUCCCCUUCCCCUCCAUAAUACCAGCGACCCCCACGCGGGGUCUACCGCUUAGCACAAAAAUGGACGAAGAUAC